AUGCGAGAUUGGCUCUAUGGACGGGCCCACAGCUGGGACUUCGCCAGGGAUUUCGAUCGGUAUAAGGCCGUGGUUCUUGUUCUCAAAGGCGUGGAUCCUCCCUCUUUUGAGGACGAACCAGAUAUCCCUCCAUCUUCAGGCUCUGGCAGAUAA